UCCCAACCCCCGGAUGUAUGCAUGACCCCUUUAAUUAGUCAUGCACUGUCCCGUGAUGACCCCUGCCGCCCCCUGUAUCCCCUGUCCCUUCCUCCCCUUCCGAUCAGGUGGCAGGAUCACCUGGUCAGGGCCAGCAGGGCGGCCACCACUUUCACCUACUCGGAGCUGCACUCACCUGCUAACGACUCCCUCUUCUACAGCCCAGCCAAACCCCAUGACAGAUAUGUGUGUGAGGCAUCGGUUCGGGAGCUCAAGCCGGGCUGGGGCCAAGCUACUGACGGCACGCUGCUCAAGAUUAUCAACACGGACAACUUCCCGCAGAGGAUUCGGAUGGAGGUUUGUAGGGGGGCGGUGGGGGAUCCGUGCCCCUUCGUGCCGCCGCCGCUCGACUCCACCUGCCGCCAGCGCUACAGCCUGCAUAAGAUGGCCGCCGUAGACCCUAAGGCCCCCGGUAAUGGGGUGUUCCAAGCAGCCUUCAGGGUCCCUUCUGGGUGUUUCUGCCACAUCAGCCAGCCGACCAUGCCGGCCAGCCGGCACACCUUGCCGCUGGACACGCCAGGGCACGGCAGCAUCACUCUUGGCGACGGAGAACACUCACUGCAUGGCGCGACGGCGUCUCCUUCACUCAUCGUUUCUGAAAACUCGAGAUUCACCAGGAACCAAAACUCUGGCGGCGACUUAUUUGUGACGCAGGAUAGCGACGCAAACCAGAAAAUGUUCCUCGACCACCACCAGCACGACCCCCAGCCAGAACAAGGGCUUUGGCUCGACCAGGGAGGAGAAAUAUGGCAGCAACAUCAGCAUCAGGACCAGCAACAACAGCACCAGAAUCAACACCAAGACCAACACCAUCACCAACAGCAACAUCAACAGCACCAGCAGCAGCAGCAAGACAUCCAGCACCAGGAGCUGCACCAGCACCUACAUCACCAGCAGCAGCAGUCACAAGACCCACACCAGCAACAACAUCACUUACACCAGCAGCCUCAAGAUCUUCAACACCAACUUCAGCAGCACCAGGCACAUGACCAGCACCAACACCAGCCUCACGACCAACAACAACAACAACAACAGCAACAACAACAACAACAACAACAACAACAACAACAACAACAACAACAACAACAACAACACAAUCAACAGCAUAGUCAGCCUCACCAUCAACAUCAGCCUGAUUUCAUGGGUUCGUUACACAUACGACAACCGACGCUUGUCCACAACGACUGGCGGCCCGUCACUCUCCCCCCCGCCCUCAGGGAAGCCCCAAACACCUCCCCACACCCUCAGGUCACUUCUUACUUGCAGGUCACAAACAUCACUUUCGCCAACCAUCCCACAGGCAGUAGCGGCCUUCAGAGCACUGGUCCUGCGUUCAGCACAUCCCAACCAGACGUGUUGUUCCACGGUGCCAAUUCCUUUGCCAACCCCACCACCUCCGCCACCACGACCACCCUCCAGCCCGUUACCUCCUUAGCUACUUUUACAUCCCCACCAGGCAGCGUCGCGUCUUCCAUCUCUCAGAACAAAAGACAAAUUGGGUCUGCCUCGGUAACACUCAAUGGCGGAGAAGAUAAUAUAGACGAAGGGUUCUCCGCCACCUUUAGUUCUGGGUCUGUGAGUAACUCCCAGGGCAUCAUCGGGGAGCUGAAUAACCUGGGGGUGACGGCCGUUGGGGGUAAUGUGCGGGUGUCCGAGACGGGCGACAACAACUUUAUCCUGACGCUUCAGCAGCUGCGGCCCGACGGGACGCAGGUGCCACUAGAGCUUCUCAUAUCCGUCGACGGUCGACUCAUUUCCUCUGCGUCCUCGUUGUCCAUUGGAGGCUCAACACAAACAGCGCAGAACCGCAAAGGACUCGUAAACACUGAGGUAGACUUUGAUGAGCUGCCACGUCCCGUAAAGCAAAGCGUGGAGGAACUCAAGGGACAGAUACACGGUGCUCCAGUCUUUAACAGGCACGACGAUGCUCGCAGCCCACGAAAUUCCUCUGAUCCUCUAAGUCAGUUGAGUUUGGAUUAUGACAAAUCAGGCAACACAACUGUAAACACAAAAGCGUCUCAAAGAGAAGAGCAGAACAAGUCUAAGUCGUCAGGGUCUAUCAAAGCUUCUUUAGAUCUCCAGUCUUCGAGUAGUAACACAUCUCGUCUUGCAGCCGCCUCCUCCUCCUCCUUGUUUCCUCGACCUUCCAGGGUGAUCCACGCGCCUCCCCGAUGGUGGUCAUCGUCCUCAUCGAAGUCACCUCGCCCUUCCAGCUCGGCUUUCCAAAACGAAAAGUCCAGAAUCGCCAAAGAAGUCCGGGAGUCUCCACAAGAGUAUAUUUUCCCUCAUCGCGAGCACCCUUCCAUCUCCAGUCUUGACCACCCUGCAUAUCUAGCUAACAACCAUAAGCGACCUAACAACCAUUCAUCCCCCUACACUCACGGAUCGUCUGGUAUAUCGCAAAAAUCAGAUUCAGACUUCACCAUUGUUCCUCAGAAAAGCCGUUCACAUUCACUCGAGACGAGCCCCGCCACCCAGCCAGUGCCCGGGCCCUACCCAGCCCUCGCUGAAUGGUGGGUGACUCCACACCUUUUCCAAGACCAACCCCAUGCCAUUCAAAACUACUUUCUUCAGCUUCAAGACAACAAGAAGAAGAAAGUGGACGGUAAGAUGGACGCCAGUGGCUCAAAGGCGAUACCCACUUUAGCCACACUCAAAGGGGAACCCGUCACGGACCGCAACACAGAUGUUAAGCGUCUCGAAGUUACUCUGAGAGACUCAAAACGAUCCGAAUGGUCUCGUCACAACACACGAGAGAGUCCCGCCUCGAGAAAUCGCACCUCUGCCCUCCUGGCGAACUCCACCGUCAGGCUUUUCGGCAAGAAUCUCCACCUAGCUAUGUUAAGUAAUAACUUUACUCACAAUGGAACCGGUUUCUCUUCCCUCACAUUCCGGCCCAAACCCUCUGGGCAUUCCCCCGUCCACCAGGAUGACGGUAUGGAUGCAAAUCGAAAAACAUCACCUGUAUUUUCCUUCACACGUCAAAAGAAAGUUGGCGGUCGAACGAUUCGCGAUGUAGGUAAUUUUGCAACACUCGGUGAAACCCCGAACACCAAAGUAAAAAUUCGCUUAAAGGUUGCAAAUGACCCUUCAGGAUCCGGUUACAUCAUCUACCACGACAGAGGUCAUCCUAUACAACUUUCCCAGGCCGGUAAAAGUUUUGGCCUCAGUCCAUCUAAGUCAGUCAACCCUCUCAUCGCCUUCCCACAAGGUCUGAGACACACGCCAGCACGCGCUACAAUACCGUCACGAUACAUGAAGGGGACUGAAUUCUACCUGACGGGGGCGCAAGAUCAGGCCUCCUUCCCAUCUAUGGCCACAUCAUCGUCCCAACUCCUGCCGCAGUGGCGCCCAGCACCGAGUCAUCUCCAGCGAGUCGCUCUAUUGACGCAUUCAGUUACCCCGAGCCAGGUGACCUUUCCUCGACCCUCUACAUACGUCAUGCCUCAACACAGGCCGCUGGUGGCGGCCGCGACAUAUGCCCAGGACGUGUAUGCCGCGCCGCGCCACUCCUACGUCCACUUUCCAGGAAACCAAGCCCAGCACCAACUGGUUCUCACUCCCAUGACGAGGCAGGCUGAGGCGGGAAGACAAGUAAUCGUGACUCCUUUGUUUCCUCCAACAGUCCUUGUGGCAAGUCAGCGGGAGAGGCCUUGGGGGAUGCGGUAGUCUUUCUUGUUCAGAGGCAGAGUAGAAUAGGAAGUGUCGGAGGAAAUGUAGAAAGAGGAAACUGAGGACGAAGAAGAGGAAGUGGAAGAGGAGGAGGAGGAGGUAUGGAGGGUACAGAAUGGUAAUGUAUUAUUAUGAAUCAUCGACGCUUGGUGGAACUAAUCAAGGGUGCUGAUUCAAAAUCAACACCUUCACGAGAUUCUUUCAUCACUCCACCGCAGACAUACACAUAUUUUCUUACAUUUUUCCAAGACUUCCGUCCGUGGUGUCUUGUAAUCUAGCAAGUGUUCUGAGACUCAUAAGUAUUACUGCGACUGUCUGGAUAAUGGCUCCUGAGACGUAGUGGAAAAUGAGACUGGCAUGACGGUGACUUAUGUUGGCGUCCACCGUGCACCGCCAAACGCUUCGGCAAGGUGGUGUUAUAUGGUGUUUCCUCGCGUGGCUUCGGCGUAGGAAAGGUGAUGAGGCACAGAGAGCAAACCAGUUGUGUGAAUUCAAGUAGGUAUCCCGAAUGGACAAAAAAAUCCUUAUCAUAUAAUUAUCUUUUAUCACUGUUCCUUUUAAAUCGUGUAACUUAGGCUGAUCUUUUGUUUUUAUACCAGUGAUACAAGGAAACGCCACUCCUUCAUACCAGGAUUGCACGGACUCAAACUAAUUUCAACUUCUUUCUCCAAUAUCCAUUCUAACUUAUCACUCCACAUUUUUAUCGGCGUCGCAGACGCCGAUCAACAGAUUGUCCAUCUUAGUUGUUUUCCUGGCUUACCCAUGCACUGUAGACAUGACAUUGUAUAAUAACAUUUGUUAGCCCUGAUGAACCCUACAACAAGGCAUUAUAAAUAAAGUCAGCUUUUUUUUUUUUUUUACGUCUUGGCCUUUGGCGCCGGUAGGCCUUUAUAGUAGGGCCUGAUGGUCGGCCCCAGCCCGUUGUGGAGCAGGCAAGUGUUUAUAGUGGCGCCAUCUUUACUUUUCAGCAUUUUCCAUUUUAGACCCAUAGUUGCAUCAUAUAAAUUGUUGGGGGUGUGUUGGAGGGUCAUGCGACGCCGAUCUAGCACAGUUUUUGUGCUAUUAACACUUGUUAACUCUCCCUUUUCUCCCCAUUUCAGUUUUUAUUUCACCCUCUGCUUUUUUCACUUCUCUGUUCUACUACAUCUAAAUCUCUCACCUCUACCUUUUAUCCCUCUUCUUCUUCCUUUUAUAUCUUCCUACGGUACUCCCUUUUUUCACUCCUCUUUCGCCUAAAGUCGAGAGCUUGUGCAUAAUGUCAUUCACAGUCACAUUUCUUAAGUUGAUUCUGAAUUGUCUGUCUCUUUCCAUUCAGUCUUCUCUUGUGCGUUCGUUGUAGUCUGUGUUGUAGUUAGAAACCUAAACCCAUGUCUCGUUGUGAUAGCUAGAAUUUAGUACGUAUUGGUGCUGUUUUUUGUUUGUUUAUUUGUUUUAUUACCUAAAUAAUA